AUGGUGGACGGCUGCUCCAUCCGAAUAUAUGACGACCUACCCUUCAACAUCCUUCUAGAGAGACAGAGGUUCAUGCCAGUGACAAGGGAGCUCCGUGAAAAAGGGAUCCGAUAUAGAUGGGGAGCAUCGGGCACUCUAGUAGUGCAACAAGGGGACUCUGUCUUAACCCUAUUAGCUCAAGAAGAUCCAAAAGAAUUCCUGAAGGCACUCCACUUACCACGGCCGGCAGAUAGGAACCCAGUAACUGAUGGGGCCAACCCGACGAGAAAAAGAACCACCGACAAGGGAGCAUCACAUAAGAAGACGAGACUGCUGAACCCACCAUAG